AUGACACAUCUACGUCUUGAGCCUUCCUUGCUUGACACCAUUGCGGGCAAGGUGGCCGUAUUGACCGGGGGAGCAACUGGUAUUGGUCGCUCAACCGUCCAGCAACUAUGCGAACACGGUGCAAAAGUAGUCUUCGGCGACGUCGUCGAAGAGCCUUCCCGAGAACUAGAAUCCGAACUGAGCCCAAAUGCCUACUUCGUCAAAUGCGACACCUCGAGCUACUCAGACCAGCUCGCGCUAUUCAAAGCUGCAUAUGACAAGUUCGGCAAAGUGGACAUUGUGGUCGCAAAUGCCGGGAUCUCGAUCCGCAGGGACAUAUUCGAUCCCGCCGAGGAUAUCACGCAAGAGCCCUCGAUGAAGGAAAUCGACAUCAACACCAAAGGCGCCAUUUUCAGCGCACGCAUAGGCAUGCACUACCUGCGACAGGGUGGGGGCGGAGACCUGGUACUGGUGAGCAGCAUUGCCGGGUUCAAGGAAUGUGGGGGUCUGGUUACCUACACGGCCAGCAAGCACGGCGUCGUGGGCAUUAUGCGGGGCCUUCAUUUGACCGCAACUCCGGAAAAUAUCAAGGUCAAUGUGAUAUGUCCCUGGAUGACCAAAACUCGGAUGGUUGUCGGAAUUGAAAAGGGUUGGCAUGAGCGGGGCCUGCCCGUGAACGAACCUGAGGAUGUUGCCAGGGCCAUUGUAAUAUGCGCCACUGCUAAUCGAGCCUCGGGUGGAUUGACCCACCAGGGUGCUCGUCUUCCGUUCGCUGGGAAGAUUAUAUAUGUUUCAGGUGGGGAGAGCUAUGAAAUUGAAGAUGCGAUCCAGAGCCUGGAACCCGCGUGGUUGGGUAAGGAAAACAGCGAAUUCCUUGAAAAGGGACAGGAAUAUCUUGCAUCUGACAGUACAAGCUGGGAUGAGUCAAAAUUGUCUUAA